AGGAGUCACUCGCUGCAAACGGCGGAAUUUGAAUUGAACUGAAUUGAACUGAACCGUAACAGAUUACCAUGGAUAUGUUCUGCUGAGGUGGCGCACUGUACUAGCUGAAGAUAUCACUUGUUUUUAGAGUUUUUAUUCGUAUAAAAACUGAAGAUGUUGGAUAAAAGGAUUGUUGACCUGCGUUCGGAUCAGCUGGAAGGCGUGAGAGCAAAAAAUGUUAAGGAGCACUUUGAGAAGCAAUAUAAGAUGGGAUCCCUUCUGGGAAGCGGCGGAUUCGGUUCUGUGUUCUCCGGACAGCGCAUUUCAGACGGACUACAGGUCGCUAUCAAACAAAUAUCCUGUGAUAGAAUUCAGCAGUGGGCCAGUCUGCCUGGUACAGCAAACAAGGUCCCCAUGGAGAUCGCUCUCCUCCUGCGUGUGGGUGGAGAGUCGGGGUCGCUACCCAGUCACCGCGGCAUCAUCCGGAUGCUCGACUGGUUUGAGAUGCCGGGUCAGGGAUACCUCAUUGUGUUUGAGAAAAACCUGGAUGAAUGCCAGUCUCUGAUUCGCUGGUGCCUUUCAUACAGGCCGGAGGAUCGGCCUAGUUUGGAGCAGAUUUUGCAGCAUCCUUGGAUGAUGGAGAGCACUGAGGACAUUGGAGAUUUGCAAGCGGAAAGCAAUAUUAAGCCAAGCCUUUAAAUCCUGAAGGACUUUGGACUCGAUUCAGAAAUUUCACACACACAGUUUUGUUUUACACACUGGACUUCCUGAACUCUAGUUGCUGGCUUCUGGAUUCUUCCUUAUUUAUUUUUUUGUUUGGCUGCCUUCAACGUUCGUUUCAUUUGGACUUGGGAUCUAUGCUUCUAGAUGCCCAGAAUAGCCCUGGAUUGCUGCAGGUUUACAUUAUGAAUGAAUAUUUCCCACGACUACAACCAUCACAGCUCAGUGCAACUUUUUUAUUUAUUGCGGAUUAUUUAGUUUUUCCGCCAUGUACUAAUUUAUUUUUUGCAAGAAUUUCAGAAGCAGUAAACUGUGUUCGUCUUGUUUGUUGGUUGUUUGGAAGUUCUAACCGACUUAAAUGACAGUAGGUGGGCUUGCAGUUAUUUACCAGACUGCGAUGAUACCUGGUUUUACAGGUUUCUGUUGUACAGUGAUAUUCUCUCCCUGUUCUAAGGGGUUUCAAAAAGACUUUGGAUCUGCUUUCCAGUCUUUUGACGGGAGGCCUGGCAGAACAAUAAUUCAGGCUCACGUGGAUCUGUUCCCAUUUAUCAACACACACUCUCAAAGAAGGUGUGACAGAAGAGAAGAGGAACAUUCCUGUGGAUCCUGUUUACUCUAAAUGAACCAGUUCCCUAGAUGGAUUCCUCAGAGCCAUUACUAAGCCGGCUUUUGGUUUCUGUCUGUAUUGUUUGCAAAAUACCUGCGUUGUAACUUAAAGAAUGUUGUCAGGACGCUUUGUACUGAACGAACUCAGCUAUGUGUCAUUUUGUUGGAAGUUCCCAAAGGUCAGCAUGUUAACUAAUGUCAGGAGGGUUUCAACCACUAACCCACUGUUGAUGUUUACUAAAAAGGGCCUAUGGGCUUUUCCUAAUUGUCUGAUUACACACCAAAGAGAUCUGCCUUACUGUCUUAUGUGAGGUAAAUAUGCAUAAUGCCAGAUUCAUUUGAUUUGGAUUUGAAAUCUGGACUAAGUAAAGCAAGUCAAAAAAAUCUCUUUGAAAUUUGUUAAGAGUUCUGCAAGUGAUUUUGCUUUUGUGUUUGGAUCCAAAACAGCAUUGACAUGUUCGAAUUGUUUGAUUCGAGACUUUAAAACUGAAUGUGUACGAAUUGGACCUUUCCCAACAUAACAUGUAAUGCAUCCAUGUAAACACUGGGGUAUUUUUGAUACAGUCAGUUUUAUUUUUUCUUUCAUUUUUUGUUAUAAAAAAAAUCCUUGCGGUUUUUGCUUGGGUUGACACAACAAUUUUGCUGUAAAUACUUGUGUAUUCAACAAUGCACUGUGGCUGUU